AUCGAUAAAGCAACAACAAUCACACUGUACAACGAGAGAGACGCCAGCAGCACAAAAUCGCAAUAAAGCAAAAAGCAUUAAAUCACAUCUACGGCUGGGUCGACCAUGUUUAGUGCCGCGAAUCCGCGUCCGAGUGCCUGCUCCAGAACCUGCCAGGUGGCUAGCUGUUAAUGGCCCCGCCGCCCGGCCACUGCGCACUUCCCUUUGCCAGCGUUAAUUGCGCUGCUCGCAGUACCAGCAAAAGCUGAAAAACCCCAAAUCGCGAGAGGAUGAGAACGCCAGUGCGUGGAUAUAUGUUUGCGGAUUGCAGUAGUUCCAGGGAAAGUGCUAGUGGCGACAAUAACAAUCACAAUCCGGAGUGAAUAAUCGCGCAGAGACACGUAUAGUGCAGAGGCGUUAUCCUUGUUUCGUUUCUACUCGCUAUCCCGCUCUACCUCUCCCACCACUCGCUCCUUGCCACGGCCUUGGGCGUGAGUUGGUGUGUGUCAGUGUCGCGUGUGUGUGUGUGUGAGUGUCUGUGUCCGUGAGUUAAGAUUCGUAUCCUGAGCAAAAAUGCCGCCAUCCCUGAUAGCCGUGUCCGAGUUCGUGGAGGAGACGCGCUCCGAUUACAGCUCGCCCACCACCUCCACCUUUGCCUCCCGGAUGCCCGAUUGCCGCUACACCGUUGGCGUGCUAGAAGAGCGCUUGGAGUUCGAUCGGGAGGGUCUCACCAAGCUAAAAAAGGCGGUCAAGGCCAUACACAACUCUGGGAUAACCCAUGUGGACAAUGAGAUGUUCAUGGUACGUUCCCUGGAGCGGCUGGGCGGCAAGGUUAUCGAACAGGAUGAUCCGGACAUUGGCGCCGCCAUCCUCAAGUUCAGUGUGGUCACCAAGGAGCUGAGUGCCUUGAUGAAGACUCUGAUGCAGAACAUCAACAACAUUGUUAUGUUUCCGGUGGACUCCAUGCUGAAGAGCGAGCUGCGCGGCGUCAAGGGCGAUAUGAAGCGCCCAUUUGACAAAGCGGCCAAGGACUACGAGGCCAAGUUCAUCAAGAUCGAGAAGGAGAAGAAGGCCCAGGCCAAGGAGGCGGGCAUGGUGCGUACGGAGAUCGAUGCCGCAGUGGUGGCCGACGAGAUGGAAAAGGAGCGUCGUCUCUACCAGCUGCAGACCUGCGAGUAUCUGCUCAAGUACAAGGACAUCAAGACCAAGACGGGCAUCGAGCUGCUGCAGCACUUUAUCGAGUAUUAUCACGCGCUGAGCAACUAUUUCAAAGAUGGCCUACAGACAAUCGAACACUUUGGCACUUAUAUCGGUGAUCUGAGCGAGAAGCUGCACGAGAUCAAGCAGAAGCAGGAUGAGGAUCGACGCAGUUUGUUGGACCUGCGAUCCGUGCUGCGUAGCACUCCGGAUUUCGAGCGGGUCGAUAACGUACCGCCAUCGGAGAACCGGGGCGGAGGAGCGGGCUACUCCCUCCACCAGUUGCAGGGCGACAAGCACCACGGCGUCACCCGGCAAGGCCAUCUGCUCAAGAAGAGCGAGGGUAAGGUGCGCCGCGUGUGGCAAAAGCGACGCUGCCGGGUGACCAGCGACGGCUUUCUGGAUAUCUUCCAUGCGGACGAGACCAAGCCGCCGACACGCGUCAAUCUGCUAACCUGCCAGAUCAAACCGGUGCCGGAUGACAAGCGAGGCUUUGAUCUAAUUAGCUACAAUCGUCCGUAUCACUUUCAAGCAGAGGAUGAUGGCGACCAGAAGGCUUGGAUGGCAGUGCUGGUCAACUGCAAGGAGAAGGCCCUGACCAAGGCCUUCCAGCAUGCCAAUCCCCAGAUGAGCCCCAGCCUUGUGGAGCUGCAGAAGACGGUCAUCCGCUACGUACAGCUGUUGCCGGGCAACGAUCGCUGCUGCGACUGUGGAUCCCGCAAUGACGUCACGUGGAUCAGCUUGAACUUUGGCAUUCUCGUGUGCAUUCAGUGCUCGGGCGUGCAUCGCGACCUGGGCGUGCAUCACUCGCGCAUCCAGAGCCUCACGCUUGACAACCUGACUACGGCCAACCUGCUAAUCGCUCGGGCCAUGGGCAACAGCACGCUGAAUGACAUCAUGGAGGCGAAGCUAGGAAGAGGCAAGCUCCAGCACGAGAGCAGCAUGGAGGAACGGUACGACUUCAUCCGCGCCAAGUAUGUGGCCAAGCGCUAUGUGAUGCGGACCUGCUCCGAUGACAACGAUCUGCGCUGCGACCUGGAGCAGGCGGUGGUCAAUGCGGACAUGAGCCAGCUGCUGCAGGUGUGGGCCGAGGGAGCAGAUCUCACCUGCUGUUUGCCCAGCUCGGAUGCUGGAGAGACCGCCCUCCAUUUGGCCGUGCUGCGCGAGAUGGGCUCUACGCUGCAUAUUGUCGACUUUCUCAUCCAGAAUAUGCCGCUCAAGGGUCUCAACAAGGCCACCAAUCCGGCCGGCCUGCUGGAUGUGACAGGGAAGAAUACGGCGCUACACUUGUGCGCCCUUCACGAUCGCCGCGAGUGCAUGAAGCUGCUGCUACGCUCGGGGGCGGACUACGAGCUGAAGAACUCGCAGAACAAGACAGCGCUGGACAUUGCCAAAGAAAUGGGACACAAUGGUUGCAGGGAGCUUAUCGAGUGUGCCAUAAAGCGGGAGAAGAGCGCCUUCGACCACAUCAACACCGAUUGGAAUCUGCCCAACGAGGACGGUUCCACGGACUUUAGUGACGACGAAACUGUCAUCGAUGAGCGCAAAUCCCGUUCGCGUCCCCCCAGUUUUGCUGGCGGGGACUCGCCCGUUCUGCGCUCACGUUCCUCCACUUGCGACUCCAUACAGUCCAGUUCUAGUCCAAUCGCCAACUGUCCCAGCCGCCAGUUCACGCUGCCCUCUGGCCUGCCCAGCUACACACAGUCGGCUGGGACUUCGCCCAAGCAGCACAUCAGCGUGGGCCAGUACCUGGGCAGUGCCAGCAAUGUGGGCGGUGCCGGGAAUGGCGGAUCCAGUCCCAGUUCUGCCUCUAGCCAGAGCGUUCGGGCGGCGAGGAACAGCCUGAAUAUGCAGAGCGAGAUGAGCAGUGGGCAUGUGCCGGGCGGCGCCCGGAAAUCCACGUCCACGGCCAAUAUGAACUCUCUGAAGAAGCGUACGGCGCCGGCACCCCCGCCCGGCACAUUAGGCAGCGCCUCAUCCAGCUCCUUUUAUGGCACGUUGCCCCAUCCGCCACGACACUCGCAGAACUUCGAUGCCAGCGACAUUCGCGCCAUCAAUCACAAGAAUCAGUCGCUGGACGUGGCCUACGGCACCCUGCCGCAUCUGCGCAGUGUGGAAGGCAGUCCGAGAGGAGGCGGAGGAUACGGUUCGUAUGGGGUGUCACAGGACCCGGGUGGAUCGGGCAAUGGGAGCAGCAAUAGCCUCAUGCCCGUCAUGACCACCUUUGGCCAUAAGCGUUCGCCCAGCGGCGAGUCGCUCAACAGGAAUAUCCAUUUGGCUGGGGCAAAACUGGUCCUGCCGCCCACCGGGGAGCUGCCAACGCUAAAGCACGUGGACAAAUCGGCCUUGACGCGGCCAAAGAUUCCACCGCCAGGACCGCCAUCAGAACGUGAAAUUUCCAACGGCCAAUCGAACGAGAGCAUCAGCUCUAUGGACGAGGGUCCGGUGGCGCCUCCUCGCAAGCGCAAGCAACACAACGCACUGAGAUGCCAGUCCAGCGAGGAGACGUUAAUUAAUCAGUCUGCCAAUUUUACUGACUACGAGUCCUGGCAUACGGACAUGGACAGCUCUGGGGGCGGUCUGGAUCAUUCCGCCGAGUCGAAUGUGUCAUCGAGUGACAACGAUCGGCUUAAUUCAUCGCCAGACAAUCCCUCGAAGACGGGAGGCGGCGGUUCAGGACUAGGCGGGAAAUUCCAUUAUAAUGGCCAGCGACGAUGCCGAGCUCUGUACGACUGCGUCGCGGACAACGAUGACGAGCUGGAGUUCAAGGAGGGUGAGAUCCUGAUCGUGCUGAAUGAGCGCACGGACGACGACAACUGGAUGGAGGGCACUAUCGAGGGCCAGCCGUCGAGAAGGGGCAUGUUUCCCGUCAGCUUCGUCCACAUGCUGCCCGACUAAUCGGCGUUCUGCUGGCCAAGCGUGAUUGUAUAUAGAUAUAUAUAUAUAUAUAUUGAUGUGUGUGAGGUGUAUGCGUCUUUUUAAACUCUAAUGAUACAUAAGACAAGUUUUUUUAUUUAUUAUAUUUUAUCACAAAGCGUGCGACUAUUUAUAUUUGCUUUGCCCAAGACUAAAUAUGUAAACAUGUCUCAAGAGAGGAGUCAUCUUACUCACUCGUAUUUCAAUUCCCUGAUCUUGUUGUGUUAAGCUUUAAAACAUGUCCUGCAAAUGCUGUAAAAUCUAACCUUAUCUUAGCCCGAAACACGCUGUGCGCAAAAGUUACUCAUUGUCAAAGGGGAGUGGAGUUGAAAUGAUUUGUAUUGUAUGCUUAAACUACAUAUAUGCUGCCAUAUAUACCGAUACUAACGAAACUAUCCACUGGAGGAGGCCCGACUUGGCUUACACAUACUCGUACACAAGGAUUCUAAAUGUGUUGUUGAUGGGGGAGGAGGGAUUAUUGACGGGAAAGUUUAUAAAACAAACGUUAAGAGAGAAUAAGAAAUUAUCCAAAAGCUAAACUAACCUUAUAGCGAACCCAAUGCUUAUAUAUGUAUACCAAGAGAUUUGAGCGUAAUUUGGCGAAAAGGCAACCAUAUAAGCCCCCUUUGUACCUAGAAGUUGUUACCGAUUAAGAAGUACCCAAUAUAUAAAAGGAUAUUAAUAUAUUACAAAUUAUAGCGCUGUCAAAGAACAAACCAAGGUAUCAUCUACUAUAUAGAUUCUAGACUUGUUUUGACCACACACACAUACAUAUGAUCGUUUUUUAAAAAGAAACCUACCUACACUGUACAUAAUAAUUUUCGUAAGACACAAACCACAACUUUUUCUUUUCAAACACACACACACAUAUUUUGUACACACGUUUCAGUAUUUAUUUAGCAAAACCUUAAAACUUAUUGAUAUUAUAUUUAAGUCAAAAAUAAAAGGAAGAACAUAACGCUUAAUAAAUAUACACAUAUAUAAGGUUGUGUUUUUACCAAAAA